CCCGGCCCGGCGCUGGGGGAGCGGGCGGCACCCGCGGAGCUGGGCCAUGAGGAAUCAGUAGCAGAGGAUGUGCCUGGCAUUAUUACCAGGAGAUUAGCAAAUUCAGCUCUGGCAGAAUGGGGAAGAGGUUCUCAAUCUGAACACUCAGAUUGGAUUGCAUUGCAGUUGUAAAAUUAACAUCAGCGGGUUUCCUUUGCCUGAUCUGUAAACAUGUCCACAGACCUGCUCUGGUGUGAGGAUUGCGGUAAAAGCCUUAUAGGAGAAUGCAAACUCCACGGACCACUCAUCAGGGCUAAAGAUAGGGUUAUUCCCAGCCGAGCCCGUCUCACCCUACCUCACUACCUCACUUUGCGAGUGUUGGAGCUGAGAGCUGGAAACCAGCAGAUUCUUGGUGUAUUUGCAAAGAAAGUAAUACAGAAGAGAACACAAUUUGGCCCUUAUGUUGGUCAACUGUCUACAAAACUGACCUGCUAUGAUGAGAGCAGGCUAGUCCUGCAGGUGUUGAAAGAUGGAGGGAAAUACUUUCUGGACACUCCCAAUGAGGACUGUGGAAACUGGAUGAUGUUUGUCCGGCUAGCCCGGAACCAAGAAGAACAGACCCUCGUGGCUUAUCAGCACUGUGGAGAAGUCUACUUCACAACAGUUAAGCCAAUUGAACCCCACACAGAAUUGAAAGUAUGGUAUGCUGCCGAUUAUGCCAAAUUUAUGGAAGCUUCUGCAGUCUUCAUUAAAGAAGAAUCAGAUGUCUCUCCUUUGCCUCCAGUAGCAAAAGAGCCCGUAGACCCUUGGAUAUGCUCCAGCUGUGGAAGCACUUUUGCAACUUUUGCUCUGUUGGAAUCUCACCAGUGCAUCCAUAAAGACCGAGUCCUUCCUACGAGGUUCAGACCACCAAAUAAAUUGGGACCUGUAAAAGCAAAAAGCAAACUCAAAGGGAAACUGAGAGGAGCAUCAUUAGGCAAAAGCAUUACUCAAUGCUUUGGGACCAUUUCCUGUUCCUCUGCUGCAAAGUUCAGCUGUGCCAGCUCAGGAAGCACUUGUGGUGCCCUUGUAAGGUUUAUACCUAAAUGGAGGAAUGGUCGGUCUUCACUGCUGAAGGGAAAAGAAGUGAAGCAGCCAGACGGUUAUCCCUGCCGACUCUGUGGGAAGAUAUUUGAUUCCAUUGACAAGCUCACAGUCCACACUUAUGCGCACAAAGGGGAUCGUCCCUUCAAGUGUUCACAGCACGGAUGCACAAAAGCCUUCAUUUCCAAAUACAAACUGCUCAGGCAUUCGGCCACUCAUUCUCCGCAGAAAUCUCACCAGUGUGGCUACUGUGAAAAGACCUUUCACAGGAAAGACCAUCUAAAGAAUCACCUUCAGACUCAUGACCCCAACAAGAUGGCCUUCAAGUGCGAAGAGUGUGGCAAGAAGUACAACACCAAGCUAGGCUAUAAGAGACACUUGGCUCUUCAUGCUGCCACCAGUGGGGACCUCACGUGUAGGGUGUGUGCCCAAGAGUUUGGUGGUACUGAGGUUCUGUUGGAACACCUCAAAAGUCAUGCAGGGAAACCGACUGGCAAUAUGAAGGAAAAGAAGCAUAAGUGUGACCACUGUGAGCGUCAGUUCUAUACCCGGAAAGAUGUGCGACGUCACAUGGUGGUUCACACGGGCUGCAAAGACUUCCUGUGCCAGUUCUGUGCCCAAAGGUUUGGGCGGAAGGACCACUUGACACGCCAUACUAGGAAGACUCAUCCACAGGAACUGCUGAAGAGCAGGUUGCAGAAUGGAGACUCUGUGGGUCUCCUUGACCAGCUCUUUUCAUACAGACUGAAGGAGGAUGCCAGCAUGCUGUCCCCCCUUCCUGAAAGGGUGCCUGUGCCGAAUGGGAUUGUGAAUAGUUCAGAAACAGAGGAAUACAACUGCUCACAUCUUCAUUCCCAGCCAAGCUUAGAAACUGCUCUUCCUCUUGAGUCUUCUCCUCAAUUGCAAAGGAUGGGCUGUGCAGACAGCCUCCCAGCUGUCCCUCCCACACCAUGUUCAGCAGCUGUCCCUAUCAACCUGAACCUUCAUCAGCCCAACAAAUAUGACCUUACUUCUACCUCAUUUGCCACAGGAUCCCUCAAGAAUCUACCAAUAAAAGUGGAUGUUAAAGGUUACAAUGUGCAUCUUCUCGAGGACCUGCCAUUACCAGAACCUCAGUUUCUCCACAAAAUCAGUAUGGAGGAAGCUUCCUCAGGGCUUGUAGGGGAUACUAACAAGUAUCCAGCGCACAAAGAGACAGAGGCAGCAAGUGAAACUGCAAGCCUGCCUUUCAUGGAUCUCACUCAUGUGAUGGGUUUCUGGCAGCUCCCACCAGGAGACAACCAGAACACUCUUGGGGACAUCACAAUGGCAUUUGGCUCAGAGGAACCGUCACACAGGCUGAAUGGCCUCGGCCAACAGCAAGGUCUUCAGCUAGCCACUGGGGGGAUGGCCAUAAACCAGCUGCAUCAUCUUCCUCGCUCCUUUCCAUCCACUACAAAUUCUGUAACACUGCCUCACUUUCACCAUGCCUUCAAGUAACCAUUACCCUGUGUGGGUUUUUUCCCUUUUUUUUUUUUUUAAAAGACUGUGCUUCUUACUUAAAUCUGUUAGGACUGGGGUGGUUUGGGUUUUGUUUUGUUUUAAAGAAAACCUGCCCCAGAUGUUUUCAAAGCACAUUAUGAACACGGUAGUUAAAUUCAGGAUGUUUAUAAACAAGAAGCUCUAUUUUUCAUACUAUUAGUUUUUAGCAUAUGACAACAGUAGUACUAACAUAUUUCCCUCAGCUCCCUCUAUAUUUUUCUUUUCAUGCAAACAACUGAAAAACUAUCUUCAAUGACAGCAAAGUAUAUUAACAGGCACAAUAAAACUAUGGCUGCUGCAAUAGGAGAAAUACAGUUAGGGUGAAUGGGAAGAGGGGGGAAAUCACAAAGAAAUCAAUUUAAUGAGCCAUAAAUCACAGCAAAUUUGUACACAUGGCAAAUGUAACAAACAAUUUAUCAACAUCAGAUAGAUUUCUGUUAAGCAAUUAAUUAAUGAACUUUAUUAAUCCUUAAUUUAAAUUAGAAUCAUUCCAAGAGUAAAUCUCACAUCCUUGUUUCACUUGCUUCAAUGAAGAUCAUCACUAUUAUGAUUAUGUUAAACUAGAUUUUGUUUUCUGGUGGGCAGUUCAGCUGUGUGCCUGUGCUGCCUCUUUUCUAGGGCUUGAAAUAACUACUGCUUCUGAACAACUGUGUAAGACCUGCUCUCUUGGAUACAUGCAGUUCUUAGUAUGGGAAGUGAAUUGUCUCAAGCGUGAACAGAACAUAAUUUUCAUUUUGAGCUGGAUCUGUCAAGACAUCAGACACUUUUCUCUCUCUCUCUCUCUGUCUCUCUUUCUAGUAAAGCACUUGAGCAUUUGCUUAAAUUUAAGCUUAUGGUAUCCUGUUGGGUCAACAGCUUGAUUAAUUUAACACUUAAUAAAAAAUAAUGCAUUCUACCUAAGGGGCCUUUAUUCACCUUUUGUUGAUAAAAAUGGCCAUUGUUUAGUCUGGGAUAUGAUUAAUUGUAACUAUCUGAAAAUAGGAGCUUUCACAGAAAUCCAACCCUGGCCCAGGGGAGCCUGCACCCAAGCGGGACCCCUGUGGAGCCAGGGACAGGUCCAUGCACAGAGGGGCUAUGGUGGUGAGCUGACACUGGGCCCUGUUCAAAACCAGGUUCUGAGCCUGCCUUACAAGUGUCAACUGAAAUUAGUGGGUGUGAUAAUGGUUGAGGCCAUUUUACUCAGCAAGUUCUGCUCAGAAACAUUGGGACUGCUGCAGUUGGACUCCAACCUUUGUUUCUUGCAGACUAGAACCAUGGAGACUGUUUGUUUCCUGGGUAAAUUCUCCAUAAACAGUUCCUGUGGACAGUGUGUUGGUGUGACAGUCCUAUCAUCUGAUGCAUGAACAAGCAGAAAUUGUAAAAAUCACAUUUUCCAGAUGCCAUUAUUAAACAAAAAACCAAACUCUUCACAAUUUAAUUUGUUUGCCUAACCCAUAGUUAAAAAAAAAAAAAAAAAAAUCAUGGUUUUAGUAGAUGGCUCAGUUACUAAUGGAUUCUAUUUCAUCUAAAACAGACACAAAAUUUCUGAAUCUGAGUAAAUUCUUAAACCUCAAGAAUGACUCUUCCAUUAAAUCCAAAGAGAGUCCAUAGUACCCAAUGGUCAUUACUAAUAUAACAUGGAACAAGCGUAUUCUCUUCUCCAUUGUUAAUCGCAGGAAUAUCUCCAGAGAGCUUCAAAUAAAAAAAAAAAUGUUUUUUAA